ACCAUGCUGUGAAGAGCUGCUUUUUGCUUAUAACUAACUUAUAUAUGACUUAAAGAUUCAUCGUGAUCAAAAUGACUCAAACUUUGCAUCUGCUUUUUAUCUCAGGAUUUUGCUGUUUCGCACUGGGGUCUUUAGAUUUUCACCUUAUUAAAAUGGAAAAGACCUACCAAGAAGCAAAGACCUAUUGCAGAACAAUGUACACUGAUCUGGCUACAGUUCACAACUCAACAGAUAUGGAUAAUUUGAUCAGUCUAGUUUCAAAUACCAGACGCAAAGCCUGGAUAGGACUGGAGAUUGGUGCUGUGUGGAUGUGGCAUUGGACGUGGCCUGAUCAAAAACUGGAUUUUUCAAACUGGAAGGAAGGAAACCCAAAGAAUAAUGAUAGAGAUGCAUGUGCAGCAAUGGAUAUAGACGGCAAGUGGUUUGAAAGUGAUUGUAAAACUCCAAAAAAAUUUGUUUGUGGCAACAAUGCUAGUGUUCCCACUUUUGUUAAUAAGCCCAAAUCAUGGAGGGAUGCACAGAAACAUUGCAGAAACGUAUCAUCUGAUCUUGUCAGUAUACACUCAGUGGAGGAGAAUGAGGCAGUACGUAAUUCAGGGUCAAAGGAAGUGUGGAUUGGCCUCUUCAAAGAUCGCUGGAAGUGGUCUGAUGGGAGCAACUCAUCAUUCCGUUAUUGGAAGUCCAGGCAGCCAAAUUACCUUAAAGAUCAGGACUGUGUUGCUGCUAUAUUCGAAGAUGAAGGGCGGUGGAAUGAUCUGAAAUGCAGGAUCAAACGCAAUUUUGUUUGUCGUGGGGCAAAAGCAUCAAUUUCAACAUCCUUCACUUCAACAAGUACACAAGAUACCCAUACAACAAAAUCCACAACUCUUCCAAACAAUUUAUCUCCAGUGAUUACUCUAACAAUUCAUUUAACUGUGGCUGCUUCUACCAAUCAUUCAAAUAUUACCACCACUGAAGCAACAACUGCCAGUCAGCUUACAACACUAAAUACCACAGAUCAUGUGUCAAGUACUUCAAGCACUGACGAGCUCAACAAUACAACUGCAGAAAUGUCAGCUGUGACAGGAACGCAGCUCCCGCCCACGACUACUGUACAAGGAACUGCAGACGGUGUCUCUGCAUUAACAACACUGAUGGGGACUUCAACCCAGACCACGGCACAGCCCACAACUCUAAAGCCUACUGACAGUCCAGGUUUGCUUCCAGCAAACCUGAUCCUAAUCCAGGAAAAUAUGACAUGGACUGAAGCUAUGAGUUACUGCAGGGAGCACCAUAUUGACCUCGUCUACAUUAACACCAAAGACAUUCAGGACAUGGUGGCUGAAAAGGCAAAGAAUGCCAAAUCACCCUAUGUUUGGCUAGGUCUACGCUACACUUGUAAAUUUAACUUUUGGUUCUGGUCCAGUUCAACUAUUGGCUGUUACCAAAAUUGGGCACCAGGAGAAGGAGCUGAAGGGAAAUAUAACUGUGGUGUUACAGGUGCCAUUAAAACCACUGGGAGGCAGCAGUGGGUAGGCUUGCCUGAGACAGAAAAACUGAAUUUCAUCUGCUAUGGAUGUGCAGGAUAAGUGCAGAGGACCAGUGACACUUCUAAUGACAAUUUAGAAAUUUGUGCUCUUUAUACAAGCUUUGCUGUUUCAUAAUGAUAUUUUUGCAGUUACUGAUUAAAUGUUUUUAACAUCAAGCUAGUGGACUUUGAUGGACUUGUGAUGUCAUACUUCUACCUUUGUUAAAAUACAGCUGCCUCCUCUAUUGUUGAGAUUGAAUUUCAUUAAAUAUGAAAACCUCAUGUGGUGUGUAGGCGUGCACAUUCACAGUCAUGGGCAGCAAGAGUAAUGUGAGAACAUUGAUCUCUUCUAUGCCUUUCACUCAGGGGUUACUAUUUGCAUGUUGACCCCCCGGGCUGGGCCCCAAGAUUGUCUUUUUUAGACCACCAUAGUAUGGCCCCGAUCAAGACUGCCUGCUGCCCUCACUGACCUGACCUUCACUAGCAGCAACAUGGAAGACAGAACUCACAGACGCUCAUCUUCCUGUCUGCAUCCUUGAGGUACAUGGAGCUUCUAUAAGCAUGGGAACUGGGCAUGACCAGCAGCGUAAGGUAGCUACAAAAGGCCCCAGUGCAUGUGAUUAUGAUGGGCCCUAGCAAACAUAUCUCAUAUUGUGUUGUCAUAUGAUUAAACAGAGACUUGACAUUGAACAACAUCAUGUUAUCCAGCAAUCAUAAUUUCAAUGUGUAUGUGGCAAAAUACCAAAGAAAAUAAGAAAAUGUUUAUUUGAUGUAUUUUAUAGUUGACUUUUAGUUUGUAUUGAAACUGUGGCAGAACAACUUGGACUGUUAUGUAGAAUACGCAUAUGAUUUUGUUAUAGAUUGUUACGGACAAUUUUAACUAUAACCAUGAUGGAGAUGGAUAUGUGUUUGCCUGUGUAAAUAGCAAAUGGCGCCAUUUUUAAUUUACACGAGUUCUUCUUUGAACACAGGUGUAUUCCCAACACAUUAUUAGAGUUCCUGUUCUCUCUAACAACACUACUAGCCUAUAGGCCCCAGUGCUGUGUAUAUGUAUGCCCCUAGACAUGAUACAACAUAUUUAUUAAUGAAAACUGUGUUUCAUCAUUCUCAAACUGUAUGACAUAUAUAUAAAUGUGGAUAUACUGUUUUCACUGUAUAGACAGGUUGUUAAAUAGAACCAGCAUUUGUAGAAAUAUCAUGUGUUGUCUGUUUAUUUUUUUUGUCGUUUCAUUUAUUUUUUUUUUUUUACUUUUCACAACACAGUAAAAACGUGCUUCCCUUUUGACAUUAAUCGCUCCAGAUACAUGUUUGACAUAAUUGUCUGUUGGUGCAUUUUUAAAUCUACACUGUUGAAAUAAAACCUUCUCAUGAAA